AUGACAACAUCCAAAAACACUCUUUCAAAGUUAUUGGCAGACACUAAAUUUAGCCAUGAAUGUGAGGAGUUGCUGUCUUGUCUUCCUAAAGACAAAGGCUUCUUUGCAGAGUAUCUCUAUCAAUACCAAGGCUUUUGGUACCCACCAAAUAUCUUAGAAGGUGUUCUAUACAGCCAGAAGCAUUUUCAGGCCAAAGAUUCAGACAUCAUCCUCGUAAGCAGUCCUAAGUCAGGUACAACUUGGUUGAAAGCUCUUGUCUUUGCUCUGAUUCACAGACAUGAGUUCCAAAACCCUCAAGAAUCACAUCCUCUUCUCGAUAACAACCCGCAUACUCUCGUGCCUUUUAUCGAAGGAUUCCAGUUUCACAAUCAAGAUGCUUCUCCGAGUAUCUUCUCCACACACAUCCCUCUGGUGUCACUCCCUGAGUCCGUUAAGGACUCUUCUUGUAAAGUUGUGUAUUGCUGCAGGAACCCGAAGGACGCAUUUGUCUCGCUUUGGCAUUUCGUGAAAAGUUUGGUUCUUGAAGAGAUGGUUGGAUGCACAAUGGAGGAAAUGGUGAGUGGGUUUUGCAGAGGGUCGAGUGUUUAUGGACCCUUUUGGGAUCAUGCAUUAGAGUACUGGAAAGAGAGCCGAGAAAACCCGGAAAAGGUUAUGUUUGUUAUGUACGAAGAGAUGAGGGAACAACCUAAGGAUUGGGUGUUGCGGAUCGCUGAGUUCUUGGGAUGCUCUUUGACAGAGGAAGAGAUAGAGAAGGGAGUUUUAGAAGAUAUCAUAAAGCUGUGUAGCCUUGAGAAUCUGAGUAAAUUGAAGGUUAAUGAGAAGGGCAAGUUAGUGAAUGGAAUGGAGACUAAGGCAUUUUUUAGGAAAGGGGAGAUUGGUGGAUGGACUGAUACUUUAACUCCUUCAUUAGCAGAGGAAAUUGAUAAAACCACUGAGCAGAAGCUAAUUGGUUCUGAUUUUAGAUUCUUUUGCUAAGAAUCUGCUUUAGUUGAAGUCAUUUCUCAAUUUAUUGAGUCUUUCUUGUUUUUUCUUCUCAAUUUAUGUAUGAUUUAGACUUUAGUUGGUUUAAUAUUCAUCAAUGCAAAUAAGGUUGUUGA